AAAAUGAAAUUGCCAAUUCUAAUAACAUUACAAGUGGACAAAGCUUAAAUGCCAAUAAUUUUGCAUGGCAAUCCAAUCGGGAAAACCAAUUCCAUCCACAAUAUAUGCGGCCAAAUGGGUGUGGAUUCGGCCAAUUUUCAGCUGCUGCUUCUUCUUCUUCAUCAAUGCCCUCAACAUUUUCCAUGUACCCAAACACUUAUUAUUACAACAACUCCAACAUGAACCCUUACCCCAAUUUAAUGCUUCCACCACCACCAACCAUGAACAACUACACACUUCUUGACAUCCCAACAAGGCGAGCAACAAUGAAUGAACUUGAAAGGUCCUCAAGCUCUCGAAGGUAUGGUUUGCAACAUCAACAAUAUGUUGGAAAUUAUAACAAUCCGUUUAAACGAUGCACCAACUACAACUGCAACACCAAUGACACCCCGAUGUGGCGCAAAGGUCCCCUUGGUCACAAGACACUUUGUAAUGCUUGCGGCAUUAAGUAUAGAAAAGAAGAGGAGAAAAGAAAAGCUAAAGAAGAGGCAAGUAAUCGAAAGUCAAACAAUAAUUUAGGUUGAAUCUUAAUUUUUUUUUUUUUAUGAAAUUGUAAAAAUAAAAUACAAUCAAAGUGAUAUGUGUACUCCUAAUAAUUUUGUUGAAUUAGAUGGAUGAUGACAUUGGGGUGCAUUUAGUUAAUUGAUUAGUUUUGAUCAUUA